AUGACGAUUGAAAUGGCGAUUGAGACGCUGCAAAAGUCUGACGGUCUGUCCACUCACAGAAGCUCUCUUCUCAACAGCCAUCUCCAGUGGCUGUUGGACAAUUAUGAGACAGCAGAAGGAGUGAGCCUUCCCAGAAGCACUCUGUAUAACCACUACCUUCGACACUGUCAAGAACACAAACUGGACCCUGUCAAUGCUGCCUCUUUUGGAAAACUAAUAAGGUCAAUUUUUAUGGGGCUGCGAACCAGGAGAUUGGGCACUAGAGGAAACUCCAAGUACCAUUACUAUGGAAUUCGUGUCAAGCCAGAUUCUCCUCUUAAUCGUCUGCAAGAAGAUAUGCAGUAUAUGGCUAUGAGACAACAACCCAUGCAACAGAAGCAAAGAGUGAUGACUUUUUGAUUUGGGGCAAGACAUAUUUAAUGGGAAGAGACUGGAGGUAAGGAUACUUGUUAAGUGGUUUUAAACAC